UAGCCCUACCCCUACCAGCAAAAUCUACACAUCUACAUGUACAUGUACGUAAUUAAUUAGCCGCCAACACUGUACUGCCAAAAGAAGGGGAGAAUCACCUGUACUGUCACCAGCUAGCUAGCUAUAAGCUCUACUGUUGUGUCACACACAAAAUACUUACAGUAGACUCCAAAGUGAGCAUCAUGGCAACUAACGUGGAUUCAAAGCCCCCUAUCCACGACCUCUUCUCAAUCCCUGACACCGACCACAAAUGGUUCGAUAUUGGAUUGGCUCUGGGUUUAAAUGCAAGCACACUCCAAAAUGUCAAGGGAGCGAAUAAUAAUGAUCUAAAGAGAAAACGAGAGAUGUUUAGAAAGGUCUUGGAGGCUAAACCCAGUCUGACUUGGAGGGAGAUGCUACUUACUCUUAAAAGUGUUGGUUUGGAAGAGUCAGCAAAGCGGACAUGUGAUAGUUUGGAAUGGCCUGUCAGUGUCCUUGAUGAGCCCUUGUCUACGGGGAGGAGCUUGUCUGUCACUGGAUACUACAGUGGUGACGACACCUCUUACCAGAUACUGGAGUCUCUGAAGCCCCCACAAUCUGAGGAAACGACCGCUACAGCCAGUAUGAGAUCAGCAUCGGACAGUCUGCCUGCCGUAGAUACCGACUCAGACAUCUACCACUCAGCACCCUCAGCAGGGGAUGAUAUUUACGGCAUUCCGUUCCCUUCUAAAGCGGCCACUACCAAUUUUGGCCCCCCCUCAAGCUCAUCGGGGGGUUACCAUUCAUCAAAGAGCACUAGACCUCGCACAGAACUAAUGGCUGGACUGGGCUCCUCCGUCAAGAGCUUCCGGAGUGACCUAAUGGAGGCACAGGCCACCUUGCCGACUAAUGUUCAACCAUUAGGCUUAAUGACCUAUGACCUACGUGAGAAACUGAGGGUGGCAGUUACCAAGGGAGACAGUGACACUGUGCAGAAAAUCAUCGACAGCAACCUCAAGGACGUUGAUACUGUUCUGUCUGAGAAAGAUGAGACAGCACUGAUGAUAGCCUCGAAGGAGGGUCACAAAGACAUAGUGAGCUACCUUCUGGCAAAGAAGGCUUCAGUUAGCCAUACAGAUGUAGAGGGGGCCACUGUACUGUUUGUCACUGCCAGUGUUGGUAACUAUGAGGUGCUCAAGUUGUUGCUGAGCAACCCUCGAGCUAUCGCUGAGAUUAAUACUAAGAACAGGUUUGGCUGUCCUAUACUGUUGGACCCAGCCAGCAAAGGUUUCAGCAUGGUGUCUGAGUACCUAUUGGAGAAUGGAGCCAAACCAAAUGACACUACCAGGGAUGGAGUUACUCCACUGUACAGAGCAUGUGAGAAAGGCCAGAAAGAAGUAGUCAAGGUUCUUCUGGAGCACAAGGCUGAUGUUGUCAAGCCUUGUUCAAAAACGUCCAAAACCCCUCUCGAGGAGGCAGUGGACAGAGAGCACAAUGAACUGGUGCCCAUACUGGUCAAAGCUCUGAAGAAAGUCAAUGAACGAAACGCAAAGCUGUUCACUGUGACCAGUGUAGAGCAGCUUCGUUCACUAGUGACCAAUGGUGCUGAUGUUGACUCGAGAGAGAGGAAUGGAGUGACUCCACUUAUGGCCCACACUGAGAAAGGUGGGAAGGAACUUAUGCAGGAGCUUAUACGACUCAGGGCUAACGUUGACCUGCAAGACAAUGAAGGUCUCACUGCUCUGAUGAUAGCCGCUAGGGAAGGUAAUGCUGUACUGGUUCAGAUCUUGAUUGGAGCGUCUGCUAUAUUGGACUUCAAGGAGAAAGAGAGGGGACACACGGCAUUGAUGCUGGCCACCAUUGGCAUGUUCCUUCGUGUGGUGAAGGAACUGGUCCUAGCAAAGGCCGACAUCAACACACGAAGCAGGGAUGGUCGUACAGCACUGGACAUUGCUAAAGAGCUCAAGUGUACGGAGAUUGUGGACUUGCUCACUCCCUCCCAGUUACAGUCAGCCAACGGGGAUCCAUUUGUGGAGUUAUUGUCAAGUUAUCUUGCUAAUAAAGACAAAGAGGCUCACAGUCGGUCUCAGAAGAGGGCCGGCCCUGCUCAGAGCUCUCACAAGACCCAAGCUCCCCAGCCGGUCUCCAGUCAGAAAGACGAGACCAGUGAAAUGAAGGAUGAAUUGAAGAAGGCCUAUCGUAGGAUUGCUGAUCUGGAGACGAGGAUUCACGACCUUACUCUGCAGUCCUCACUGGAAAUUCCUGCUGACGCUGACCUCUCCUACAUGGAUCGUACUCGGUUGGAAACGGAGUUCCGUAAGAACAAAGAGCUCAAGAAGAAAGCUGAGCAGUAUGCCAUUGAGGCCAAGCAGACCGCACAGAGGCUCAGCGCAGAGAACUUCAAGCUCAAAGAAGACGACACACGAACAAUGCUGAGUCCCGAUGCAACGUCAUACACAUCUAUGCAUGCAGAUUUGAGUAAAGAGAGACAUCACAAUGAGCUCACUCGAAAGAACAUGCUCAGAGAAAUGGAGCAAAAGGUGGACCGUCAAGCUGUUUCAUCAGACCUCCUUGAUGCCAAGAGGGAGGUAUUUGAGAGAGAGAUCUCAGCGAGGGCUCAACAACUGCUGAGAAGCAUGCCUAGAGACCAGAUGGCACCUACAAAUAUGGGUUUGGAGAUGACACCCGAGAGCGUUAGGAAUGUCAUGCUGAACCGCAGUGUGAGAGUGAAAAUGUUCAUACUGGCAGUGACUGGCCUCCCCUACUCAGGUAAAACAACUCUGGUAAGAAGCUUGCUGAGAGGUCAAGACCAGUCUAAUCAUCCCAAGGAAAGGUUCUAUGAGAUACCAGGGUUCAGGAUGUACGAGGCCAUUGUGAGGCAAGAUAGUGAUGACUUUCUCAAGAGAGAGUUCAUACAAGCAGUCAAGCAGGACGCUGAGGCUCAUGCCAUAGCAACCAUGGUGGUUCAGCUGAUGACGAGUCAAGGUCAGAGUAUCAAGGGAAUGACCGACAGAGAGCUGCCCAACAUCAGGCCACUGUUUGGGGAGAAGAACAAAGACAUGCACGACUACUACUUGACCACCUAUCAGUACAUCAAUGAGAUGAUCUUCCAGCUGGAUAGGACAGACAAGUUGAGUGUGCUGGCCAAAAGUGACCUCACUUUCCUCAACAUCUAUGACGUGGGAAUGAACAAGGCUGUGUUUGAGAUCGUACCCAUACUCCAUACAUGUACCUCACACUACUGUGACAGAAUUAUCCAGAUCAAUGCUCUCAAUCUGGCCCUCUAUGGAACCGAUGAUGUGCUAUGCAAGCCACCUCAGAUAGAAGCCUCUCCCUCUCUGUGUGACAAAUACUCACCAAGGAAUGACCACCAACUGAUGACUCUCUCUCCUGCUCGAGACUACUACCUCCAAUAUGUUUCGGGCAUUCAAGGCUACUCUAAGGAGAAACCUAAUACAAUAAUGGUGGCUACCAGCAAGGACAUGCUACACAAUGAUGAGGAGGUCACAAAGAGGAAACAAAAUGUGUACCGGCAGGUCAGGCGAAGAGCAGAAGAACUCAGGUUGGCAAAGGUCUUGUACAAAGAGUUUAUAGACGUCAAUGCCACUGUGGAUGACGACAAUACGAAAGUCAGAAAGGCAGUUAUGGAUAUCGUAGAUGCUCAUAAGGAGCAGUUCGAAGUGGAGGUGCCUCUCAAAGCCCUCUUUCUACGCUGUUUCCUUCAUAACAAGAAGUUGAUGUUUAUCUCACGGAAGAAGCUGCUGGAGUAUGCUAGGAUAGUGAAUAUGAGUACCAAAGAGUUGGAUGAUUUCUUGUUAGUCUUUCUCAGUUGUGGUUCACUCUUUUGCUCACCUGAUGGGGUAGUUCCCUUCCUGAAGGAGUACAUCAUCCUUGACCCACCUGCCUUCAUACAGGAGAUGGAUACUCUAUACUACAUAGAGUUCCACGCUAAGAGUCAUCCCGCGGGGUUAGACUCAGAGGUCGAAAAGACGAAGGUUGGGAUUGUCACUGAGAGGUUAGCGAAGAAGAUUUGGUCUGCAACAACUGAGGACAAGUUGUCUACUUAUCAGUUCUGCUUGAAAGCACUCGAAGCGCUAAACAUCAUCACAGAAAUUAAGCCAGAAUUUCUUCCUCCAAAUCUUCAACUGGAGCUACGGGAGUUCGGAAAGUGGUUUUUCAUGCCAACUGUUCGCACUGACUAUAAACUCGUAGAAAAAAUCAACCCUGAUUCUCUAUACGUCACUUACGUCACUGAUAGUGUGCCUUUCCACAACCUUGGCAAAUUUGUUGAGUACCUUCAAUCAAGGCAUAGUGAAUCCAUAAGGUUAAAGACGUGCAAUUCCUACAACAUGGUGCAAUUUGAAUGGGUGAAAUCUUCAUCAGAAAGUGAUCAGGAGUAUGAUGAAAGUAUGGCUACCAUCAGUAUCAUCUUCAACAGCAACGCCUACUCUCAAAGUGGAGUUGUCCAAGUUACCGUUGACAUGGAACCAGAUCAUGAGAACAGCAGUGUAAAGCCUCACAUCUACAGUGUUAUCAAGACAGCCUGUGUGGUCAUAUUUCACCAGAUGGCCCCGAAUUUCCAAUACAAGCUUGCAGUCCCUUGCCCACUCCAAUCUACAAACCCUUCAAAGAGACAGAAGCGUCAUCUGUUGCCAUUCCAGAUCAAGAGGACCAGUGGUAUUGGAAUGUAUUGCUUGGAAUGCGAGCAAUACACUAGUGAAGCUGAGGAAAAGAGGCUGCCGUGGGUGACAGCUGCGUAUCAAGGCCCUGCAACGUAUUCUGUCUACCAUGAAGAUGUCUUGACAUUUGAGCGACUGAAAGCCAUAUCUGAUAAUGUUGUGAAACACAAACCCCAGAGAGAUCUCCGAAAGCUGGCGAAAGAACUGGGAAAGUCUGAAGAGCAAUUUGAUGAUGUUGGCUCGAAGUCAAUGGCUGAGCACUUUUUUGAAUUUUUCGUUGAUUGGUCGAGAUCAAGGGAAAAUGUAUCGGCAAUCGAUUUGGCUGAGAUUCUAGACAAAUGUGGUAUCUUCGUUGAGGCAACUCGUCUGGAUCGUUUAGUGCUCAGAAAGAACCCAAAAGACCCAUUGACUCAGUGAUGAUAGACUGAAUUGACUCUGCUUUACUUGUUCCUUCUUGAAUUCCUUUUAGUUAUAAUUAUAAUCUUCCAGAGGUUCUAUUCAAAUUCGUUCUACACAAUCCAUCAUAAUUAUAAUUA